AGUUCAUAGGAAUAAUAAUCGAUUAAUUUCGUUUUAUUUUGUUAUCAUCUUUAUAAAUAAAAUUUUUUGAUUAGAUUGGCGCGGGGUUUAUUUUCUAUAUUUCAUUAAAAUAGAAAAAUAAAUAAAAUCAAUACUAUAGUCGUGGCGCGCAGUUAACAGAAAAUGUCAGAAAAGAAAUGGACGCUGGACGUCGAUUCCAAUCAAUACGAUUUGAUGUCAGGAAAUUUAUAUUUGAUUGGAUGUUGCAAAGAUGGAGAAAACAUCAAACAAUGUGUGGACAUUCCGUUAAAAUCACAGAGUGUGGACACAAAACACUGCAUUGUCGAUGUUUCCGACAGUAACAUAUAUAUAUUUGAUUUAUAUAGUGCAUUUGGAACUUUUGUGAAUAACAAACGCUUGAAUCCGAUGAUCAAGGAAAAUAUAAAUGUGAAUACUGAAUUGCGCUUCGGUGAAUUAAAUGGCAGCUUGAAGGUAGCAGAGAUUCUAAACUCCACAGAUCCAUUUCUGCCGCCGACUCAAAGAGCUCCAAGAUCUACAUUGUCUAAUACGAGCACUCGCUUAUUUAGUUCCCCUGACGUGUCACUUUUGGAUGAUACUAGAAAUGAUAGCUUUGAUAUUCCUGAAACUCAAAACAUAAAACAGAGAGUUUCUCUUGAAAACUCAAGUAUAUUAAGUUCUUCACGAAGCCAAUUAUAUGAUGGAAAGAGUUUCUAUGACGAAUCUUUUAUACCAGAAACGCAAAGGCCUUCUAGAACCGAACAAUCGUAUAAAGCGUCGGAAUUGGGUUCAAAUUUACAAAAAUCUGGCGAUUUUAUUCGUAUCUGCACCCAAGAUUUCAAUGAAAACUUGUUUGAAGAAGAUGAUGAUGAUGAGGCAAUGAUUCACUCUUUGGUAAUACCAAAUAUUCAACAUAAACCAGUCAUAUUGAGUGAUAUCGCACUGAAUGUGAAUAUUAAUGAAGAUGCAUCUAAAACUGAUAAGUGUGAUGGUGAAAUUGAUUGGGAUGCUGUUUGUACUCCAGAUUUUUUGGACUUAGCAGAAUUGGUACAAGAUAAUGUGCAGUCUAAUAUUAAUGAACCGAUGCUUGAAAAUGUUGGAAAAGAUAUUACUUCCAUUGAAGGUAAAAAAAAUGAAGUAAUUAGUGGUGACGGAUAUGCGGAAGAGGUUGAUAUGAUGGCCACACAGGUAUUUGUGCCUAUAUCAAAGCAACCAGAGACUAUAGUGAUUGGUCCCAUCACAACUACCGAAGAAUCAUCAUUAAGCGGAAAAGAAAAUAUUGCUAACCCAGAUUUCAGUUUGGAACAAACACAGGUUUUCGCACCGGUUAAAGAAGGAAAUUUUGUAGAGAAAAACUUCAUUUCUAAAUCAAGUGAUAAAAGCGCAACAUCUAUAAUUGAAAAGAAUGUUGAGAAUUCUAGUUUAUUGGCACCUACACAAAUAUUUACAAGUAAUUUGCUUGACUCAGUGAAGCAAUAUAGAAGCUUAGAUCAAACAGAAUCAAAUUAUAAGUCAAUUAAGCCUGUGGUGAAACUAAACCCCAAUUCAACCUUAACCUCAAAUAAAGCUAAGGAAGCGGCGAAAAGUGAUGAUGAUUUUACCAAUGAAAUGGAUAAGGGUUCUGCAAAAAAAGAAGAAAAACAAGCUUGCUUCAAAAAGCCAAAGUUAAGUAAAAUAUAUAAAGGAGGUAAAGGAAGUUUUUCUAGCAUAAACAGUUCCCAAUCGGAAGUUGAAGAAUCGCUCUUAUGUACACCUAAGUGGAUUAGUGAAAAAUUUGAAUCACUUUCUGAGCAACGCAUUAAAGCAUCUAUUCAUAAACGUAGCUUAUUUGGAUCGGACUCAGAGGAAGAUUCAAUUGAGUUAAACAAAUUUGACGCCAGAAAAGAUUCUACAGACUUCGAUAAAUUACUGUGUAAUGUUAAAGAAAAACAGUCUCUUACGAAAUAUGUUCCGGUAAAAAGUCCUGCGAUUAAACAGGAAGAUCAUUCUGAUGUUAAAAAAGAUCGCAGUAGUAAGGAAGAUGUGAUUUUGGAAAAACCGGAUAAGAAAUUGGAUGUAAAAUCAUCUGGAAAAAAACAAAAAUGUUCACCACCGUUAACCAACAAGUCUAAGACUCAUAAAAAGGUUGAACCCUCUUCAGGCGAUCGAGGGAAUAGUAGAAGAAACAUUGACCACGUUGAAGGUGAAAAAAGUGAAGAACCUAACAAGUUAACGAAAAAUAUUUCACAAAAAGAUGAACACAAACAUGAAAUAGCAGCAGAGUCUACAAGAAGAACACGACAAGUUGAUCACAAACAAGAAGUAGCAAAAAUUGAUAAACAUAAAAAGCCCAUCAAAAAUGUAUCAUCAAAAGGUGAAAAAACAAAUGAAAUUGAAGAGGCACCUACGAGACGAAUUACGCGGCUUAAGUCCAGAACUAGUGAUGUGGAUUACGAUAAGGCUAGCUGUUCAACAAAAUUUGGACCUACACAAGCGAAAUUGGCGAAAAACGAGCACACAGAUGAAACAGAAAUCACCAAAAAACGAAUUACUCGCUCACGAUCCAAAACCGAUUCUCAAGAAAGUAUUACGUCGAUAAAAUCAACAUCCUCAUCGCGUAGUGCAUCAAAAAAAAAAACUCGAGAAGUAGAAGAGCGGGGGAAAUUUAAUUCCGGUAGUAAGGAUGAGAAAACUUCAGUCAAUGUGUCAAAUUCUAUUAACGAAUCGGAAUCUAAAACUUUUACGAAAGAUCAUAACCGCAAACGUAGUGUAGGGGAAUCGUCAGCUGAGGAAAGCAAAAAAUUGAGGAGGGAACCAUCAGUUGAGGAAAGCAAAAAAUUGAGAAGCAAUGCACGCAUCUUGCAAGUUGCAAUGACUAUGGUUGAACCAAAGUUAUUUCAAAGCUUGGUAGAAAAUUCACCAGGUAAUUGGUGCGUGGCAAAAGAUCCCACUGAUGCGGAUGUUUUAGUUAUGGAUAAAGGUAAUCGAACACUAAAGUUUUUAAUUGCAAUGGCCAAAGGCAUACCGAUUGUGACAUCAAAGUGGUUGCAGUCGUUCAACAGUACAAAAACGGUACCGCGUGGCAUUACACAUUUCUUUAGAGAUCACGACUUUGAAAAACGGCAUAAAUUUUCUUUGUUUAAAUCAUUGGAAUUAGCUAGAAUUAAAAAAUUAUUUGAGGGAUACGAUUUCGUAACAACCCCUAGCAUUUUGCCACGGCCAUCUGAAAUUAAACAGAUUAUCGAAUGCGCUGGGGGUAAAGUAUCUGACGAGCCGCCACCGCCGAUAAAUGAUCAAAAAAUUUAUGUAAUUUCAGCAAUGGAUGAUAAAAAGUAUUGGCACAAAUAUCGACGAACUAAUAGUAAUAUCCGUAUAACUAACAGCGAAGGAGUAAUGGCGUCGGUUAUGCGACAAUCUACGCUGCCUCUGGAUUCAAAUGUUUUUGCAUAAAACGUUCGCCUAAUAAAAUUCGAGUCGCCAAUAAAACAAAAUGCCGAUUUCGUUAGUCCUUUUUGCACCGUAUUUCUAGUGACAUAAAAUUGAUUAGUCAUAUACAUACAAUUAUAUAACAACCAAUUUAUUUUGAAAUUGUUUAGAGAUUAUCGAUUGCGCUGGGGAUAAAGUAUCCGACGGGCCGCCAUCGCCGAAAAACAUAAAAUGCGAAUUUCAUUACCCCUUUUUGUACCGUUAGCACCUUAUUUUUAUAUUUUUGUAUUUUUCGUUUCAAUAUUUUUUAUAAAUACAAUAUAAAUAUUAAUGCGCCCAAAUUAAACAUUGUCGUUAUGUUUAGUAAUUUUUAUCAUAUAUCUGGAUGGUUCAAUUUCAAUUUUGCCAAAAUUUGCUAUCCUUUUGUAUCUGUUCUCCAUAUUAGUAAGUUAAUAUUAGCAGUUAUAUUAUUAUACAUAGAUAAAGUUUCCGCUUAAUAUAAAAAAUAUUAAUUAUUCUCAAUAGUAAUUAAUUUUAUUUUACGUCUACAAGAAAAUUGCAUUUUUGUUUAUCAAUAAACGAUGAACGUGUUACAGG